AUGUCCUGCGUAGCGUCCGACUCGCUCCAAGCGCGACUGCGCCGCGGCGAGAUCCCGUGCCGCGGUGUCAACCUCGGCGGUUGGCUCGUCGCUGAGCACUGGAUGACUUGGGACUCGUGUCUGUGGCAUGGCGUGCCUGAUGCGAUCAAGAAUCAAGGAGAGUUCGCCACGAUGAAGUUUCUAGGUCAUGAAGAAGGUGUUCGACGCUUCGAUGAGCACCGACGUACGUGGAUCACCGAGUACGACAUCGCCGAGAUGAAGAGGUUUGGUCUCAAUACGGUGCGAGUGCCUGUGGGCUACUGGAUCAUGGGUUUCGACCCCACAGACUUCCCGAACAAGCAAGAUUGGACGGUGUUCGCUCCUCAUUCCUUACGCUGCUUGGACGAACUGGUGAACCAUUGGUGUGUGAAAUACGACAUGGCCGUGAUCGUAGACAUCCACGCGGCCAAAGGGUCCCAGAACGGGCGCGACCACAGCGCUGCAGUGGAAAGCGGGGUCAAAUUCUGGAGUCAGUACCCGGAGAAUGUGGACAACACGGUUUAUCUAGCCAAGUUCCUGGCUUCGCGAUACCGUUUCUGCCCCUCGUUCCUCGGCAUUGGUCUGUUGAACGAGCCAGAGCACCCAACGAAGCAGCAUGUUCUUCGUGCUUACUAUGAGCGCGCGUACUCGGAGAUCCGUGCAACUGGCAACGACUGCGUGCUGACUGUGGCGCCGUUGCUUACGGAGCAGAGUCCUCCGUUUAUGGAGGAUUUCAUGCGCUAUCCUAAGUACUUUAACGUGAUGCAAGCUGUGCGUCGCUAUGGCGACCAAAUCUCAUCGUGGGGCGGCAAUUGGCUUCUCAUCGACGAGUGGACAAGGCGCACUCGGGAUGGAUCUUUUGGGUCCUGGCGCCACUCUGACGAUGGACACAACCGUCCAACGGGAUGGUCGAUGCGGCAGUUGCUGCGUGAUGGCGUCAUGAGACUACUUUAA